CACGUGAAUGAUACUCAAGAAGCAUUAGAGGCAAUAUUUCUUGAGCAAGGCAUAACUUGGAAACCACGUGCAUUUACUAAUUUCUGCAUUAGCAAGGAUAUUCAUAUAGCUGAUCCUGUA